AUGUCGCAUGCAAGCCCACUCGGCGAUAAGGAAGCCGACACGGCACCGGAUGUAGAGCAGGUGGACACUGUCGCCGACUGGAAGGCGGCGGCCCACGGCAUUCGCGAAGAUGAAAUUCCAUUAGAACAACGCCGGGCUGAAGCCAGGAUUGUGCGGAAAGUCGAUAUCAGGCUCAUCCCCAUCCUAGGUAUCCUGUAUUCUAUUGCAGGUCUUGACCGAGUGAAUCUGUCGAAUGCUCGAGUAGCAGGCAUGAAUGAAGAUCUGGGUUUCAAUAUCGGGAACCGCUACUCGAUUGCAUUGCUCGUCUUCUUCAUCACGUACUUUCUCUUCGAGAUGCCGUCAACUCUCUCUCUGAGAUUCGUCGGGCCGAAGUUGCAGCUUAAUGCCUUCGUCCUCAGCUGGGGGGGUGUGAUGCUUGGGAUGGGCUUUGCCAAUGACUGGCGCGUCAUCGUCGUCUGCCGCCUCUUGAUCGGCAUCUUCGAGGCGGGCUUCCUACCUUGCUGCAUGUAUCUGCUUAGCAGCUGGUAUCAACGAUACGAGGUCCAACAGAGAAUGGCACUCUGGUACAUGAUCAAUCUUUUCGUGUCGGCAUUCGGCAACAUUUUGGCAUAUGCAAUCAUCAAACUGGAUGGCGCGCAUGGCAUCGCAGGUUGGAGAUGGAUUUUCAUCAUCGAAGGUGCACUAACAUUGGGAUUUGCAUUCAUCGGGUACAUCUUUGUUCUGCCUUUCCCAGAUCAGAUGCUUGCAACAGGAAAGAAAGCGAACUUCACCCAGGAAGAACUUGAGGUCAUUCUAGACCGCGUUGAGCGUGACAGAGGCGAUGCGGACCCCGACAAAUUGACGCUGGAGAAGGUCUUCCACUUGGUGCUGAAAUGGGAGCUGUGGGUGUAUGGCUUCAUGUUCCUCACAUGCUCGGCGCCGAUCUACGCAUUUGCGUACUUCAUCCAGAUCAUUCUCAAGACACUGGGCUACUCAACCGCAGUCGUCUUCCUUCUGUGUGCCCCACCAUACCUCUUCAGCAUGAUCUGGACAUACGCGGUAGCCUGGUUCGCCGACAGGUCGCACCUCAGAAUGCCGUGGAUGGUGCUCAAUGCAGCUAUCACUCUGACUGGUCUGCUCUUGACCGCAUACCACCACAACAAUGGGGUUAGAUACUUUGGUGUCUUCCUAGGCGUGAGCGGCUGUAAUGGGAACUUGCCCACGAUCAUUGCUUUCCAAUCAAACAAUGUCCGCUCAAACAGUCGAAGAUCUGUCGCAAGUGGCGUGCAGAUGCUCUUCGCCGCCCUUGGUGGCAUUUACGCCUCCUGCACUUUCAUGGAGCGCGAGUAUCCAACCUACCGAACGGGAGUUUGGUGUGCCGUGGCCACACAGUUCUUGUUGAUUAUCUUGGUGUGCCUAAUGUGGUGGCAUUUUAAGAGACUGAACAAGAAGGCAGAACAAGGCGGCCAGCCAAUCCAGGACGACCCUAGUUUCCGGUACACGUUCUGA